CCUAUAUCCCAUGAUGCAGCGCGGUUGGAGUCCUGUCGCCAGGGUGACGGCGGGACGAGAAGAUCGGGACGAGCGAAGAAUUUUGGAGGAGAACGCUGAUGAUAUUCCACUAAAGUGAAAUGGCGGAUGAAAAUAAGGAGCCCGACGCUGAAGAGAAGCCGCGCACCUCGAGCGCCAAGCGCACAUCAAGCGCCAAGUCCAAGUCUAGUUCAAAACCAGGCACACCCAAAUCACCCAGGAGUCGAUCUGGAAGUGCCAAAGCCAAAGCCAAGAAACAUGAAGGAGAGAAGAAAGAAGAAGAAGAAGAAGCCAAACCUGCAGAUGCAGCUGAAGCACCCCCAGCUACAAUUUCAGCCCCUCCACCCCCUGCAGACAUCACAGACCUCCUCCCCAUCUUCCUGGCCUCCAAGUCUCAGGAGCUGUUUGACUGCCGUGCAGACGAGGAUGUGUCCUCGGACAUGCCUUACAAACUCCUCAAGAAGGAGGACAUCAUUCAGGACAUGAAAACCAGGGCUGCUGUUUCUGACUUCAGCCCAGCUAAACAACUUGUUAUGGACUAUCCAGGAGAGGAACUGCUAUUGAUCUACGACUAUGACUUCAAGUACGGCCAGAACUUCUACCUGAUCACUACAGAGGAGACCAAGGACAGGAUCUUAAAUCCUCCCAAGGCAGCAGGUGAGGGUGGGGAGGGAGAGGAGGGGGAGGAGGAUCAGGUGGUGGAGUACACACCACCUGUGCCGAAGGACUGGAUCUCAUACGGCAGUGAGAAGGAAAUUGCAGAGGAGGCUUUUGGAGAGACUCGUCCCAAGAAAGUGUUCAAGAUUGCCAGGCCGCGUCGUGAGUUCGGUGCUCCGGUCAACUUCACGGACCGGGAUGUGAAGGACGUGAAAGACGGCUACGUGGAGUGUACGCCGUACGACGACAAGAACUUCUCGCUCCACCUGAUGGAACUGGACAAGGCCACCCAAGCCAUCGCUACCUGGACAGACUGCUCCAGUCAGACAGACUGGAAGUACCCACGCAAUGCUGUAACCCAGUACCAGCCGAGGGAGUUCACAGAGCAAGAGAAGGAAAAACUCUCCAACUCUAAUGAAGUCAAGGUCUUCAUUGAAGGAUCAAUUCCAAGAUUUGAGCUGGCCUUGCAGCAGAACGAGAUAGUAGAUGUGUUCUUUGAUGACUGGUUAGCCCUGGCCAGCGAUGACGCCACGUUCGGUAGCAAGUCGGACGGCCAUCUUAAGGAGUACCAGUCCUUUACUGACCUGCAGUUCAGCAAGGAUAAAACCAUCACAUGUAUGGACUGGCACCCAAAUCUGAAAGGUGUGAUAGCAGUGGCCUGUUCAGAGAGGCUGACGUUUGACCAGAGGGUUGACAACGCUUCCAAGACGCUGAUGACUCCAUCUCUGAUUCUCAUCUGGAGCUUCACUGACCCCAUCCAUCCGCAGCUGUUGUUGGAGGCACCAGACGACAUCUUCUCCUUCCAGUUCAACCCUUCUGAUCCCAACAUCAUCGCCGGCGGCUGUAUCAACGGUCAGGUGGUUCUGUGGGACAUCUCUCAGUACUUUGACAGGCUGAAGAACCCACGGUCAGGUGGCAAACUCAAGCAGAACUCCAUGAAUGCUUUGCCUGGCUUUGAAGAUGAGAAUGCCCUGGCCAUCCCAAUUAUCCGCUACUGUGCCGUGUCGUCUAUAGAGAACAGUCAUCACCUGUCCAUCACAGACAUACAGUGGAUCCCCGAUCAUUUUGAGAUCAACAGAUAUGGCCUCCCAGUGUACAACAAGCACGGCGACUGCAGCCAGAUCCUGACGUGUGCAGGGGACAGCUGUGUCAUGGUGUGGGACACCCGGGCUCCUAAAGUCACCCUCAAUCCCCUGGAGGCAAAGAAACAGGAAGCUGCCCACCCCCUGGGCACCCCUGCGACUUUCAAACACCUGGAUCUGUCCUGGAAACCGGUUCUCAAGGUGUCCCUGCCAAAACCUGACACCAACGGGGAGUUUGCCCCCCUCAAAGUCAGCAUCAAGGAGAGACAAGGUGACAAGGCACAUGUUCAGAAGCAGAUUGAGCAGAUGGAGAGGGAGGCGAUGGGAGGAGGGAUGAGGAGAGAGAGCACCAUGGGAGGGUUUGGGCGGUCUCGCUCAGCUAAGGACCAGAAACCUCUGGAAGGGGUCACCACCAAGUUUUAUGUCUCAACUGAGGACGGAGAGGUGGCGUAUGCAGACAUGAAGAUCGAGAAGGAUCAAGACUCUGGGAAACUCACAAAUCCCAAGCCUUCCUGGUACAGCGCCCUUCAUGGCGGCCCUGUUCACACCCUGCAGAGGUCCUUCUUCUUCAGGAACAUCAUCCUCUGUGUCGGGGGCUGGACUUUCUCCAUCUUAAAGGAGGAGAAUCAAUUGGGCCCCCUCCUGUCCUCCUGCUGUUCCCAGAAGAAGUACACGGCGGCCCACUGGUCCCCCACCCGGCCGGGCGUGUUCUUCAUCGCCACGGAGGAGGGGAACGUGGAGGUGUGGGACCUCCUGGACAAGACCCACGAACCCACGCUGACACAGAACAUCACAGCCUGCAGCAUCACGCGCAUCUUCCCCUGGCAGAUCUCAAGUAAGCAGCAGCUGCUGGCCGUAUCUGAUGACAUGGGUACAUUACACAUCCUGGAGGUGCCGUGGAACCUGCGACAUCCAUCCUCCAAUGAGGCCACAAGUAUCGAGAACUACUUUGAGCGGGAAGAGAAGAGGCUGGAGUACUAUGUGGACAGGCUGUUGUUCAGGGAGAAGGAGAAGAGAGAUAUCGAUGCAGAAGAACAGCGAAUCAAGAAUGCCCCACCCCCUGCAGAGGAGAAUGAGGAGCAGGUUCAAGAGAAGAUGAGAAGAGAAUAUGAGGCGUAUCUGCAACUGGAGAACGAGCUGCUAAUUUCACUGGGGGUCAAACAGGAAGAGGAUGAGCCUCUGCCUGAGAAGUGAAGCAUGGCUUCUUCAUGGCUAUUAGAGCUGAUUUGUGAAAACUACUGUCUAAAUUUCACUGAAACAUCAUCCUCCUAUGCAGGGACAUCCAACAGCCAAACCGCCUUUCUGGAUGUACCCUGCUUUCUCAUCUGUCACUCUUAGUUCCUGUGGACGUCCCCCCACAAAUUAGCUGUCAGCCAAUCAGAGAAUAGGCCUUUUAGCUUUGAAAAGGGGUCUUGCAUAUAUAAGGGUAAGCUCAUUAAUGAUUAUAAGCAGGGCGGUUAGGAACUAAGGGUGACAGUUGAGACAGCAGGGUACAUCCAGACAGGCAGUUUCGCCGUUGGAUGUCCCUGCGUAGGAGGAUGUGAAACGUGACACAUUCCCAUUUGGGCUUGUAGCUCGUCUGGGGUAUUGCGUUUUUGUAUAGAUUUAUAAGGUUGAUGUUUUAGGACACUUGUUGGGGCUUGUUUGGAUUGCAUUGUAGAGAAUAUGGACAUCUAAUAAUUUGUAUAUAUUGUACAAGAAAGUGUAUGUAGUUUAUCUAUGUUGUCCAAUGUCACCUAAUUGAUGUAAAAUUUGGCACUAUAUGAAGCCACUAUACCUGAAUAUUGUUGAUCAUAUUAAAGGCUGAUUUUUAUAUGAAAAUGAGGUUAUGGAAAUGUUAUCAUACAUGUACACCAUUAAACUUUGAAAAAAAAUUUUUGGUGACCAUUUAGUUCUUUGUAUACAUUUCAUCAAGGAUUAAUGUGCAUCCUUAUGAAAAAAAUACAUUACACACUUUCCCUGUAAAUAAAGUUGCUCCAAAAGCUAUACUCAACUCUGCUUCCUCAGUAACUCAAACCAAGGUGGUUUAAGAUGAAUUGAACCAAACAAAUGGCAAUGGCAAAAAUAAAACAAGCACUGGCAACUCUUAACAAGACUGGAAAGUAAAAUAACAUUAAUUUUCAAACUGAGCAUAGUCCUAAGUUACACAUUUCUUCCUCCACGGCCAACAUUCUUUAUACAACUCCAUCAAAACAUUCAUAUGUUCAACCUCUCUCUUUAUUUCACUUGUCCAUUUCUAGUCAGAAGAGACAUCCUAAAUUGGCCUCUGGCACAAUACUGCAUUAAUAUUAGUCAUCAACACUGUCUAAAUCACGGACUUAGUACUCUUUCCAAUGGGGUAAUAAAAGGUUACAUCAAGCAGGGUCUUGUGCUCUGCACAGACAUCAACAAAGGAUUAAAAAAGAUCAUUAAUCAUCAUCCAUUUGGAUCCAUUGAUCUGAAGUCAAACAUUUCAUGUUGUACUGAAAUUGUAAUUUUUCUUGCUUACUUCCCCCUUCUAAAAAUACAUGGAACAAGUUGGUUGAUUGUCACUUCAGGCUCUCUUCAUACAACAGCACAUUAAAAUUACACAAAGUGAUAAAAUGGCACUGUAUUCAUUCACUACUUAAAUCCAACAAUACAACAUCGGUAAUAGUCAUAAUCACAGUUAUAUAAAAAUGCCUAAACCAUUCUACAACUUCCAGUGUGCCAUUAUUGGUUCUACUGUUUCAACUUUCUUAGCUGAAUGAAGAUCAUGAUCAGUUCUUCCAGACUUCAUUCUGGGUUAGAAAAAGACUUGUCCUCAGUAGUACCAAAAUCACCACAUCUAACUUGGCAAGACAUUUUGUGAACAACCAUUCUGGUCAUGGAAGCUUUCUGUAACUUAAGAAGUUUCUGGAGAAAUAAAUGUAUUCACAUUGUAUAUGUAUGUUUUGGUGCAUUUGUGUACAUGGCAGGCAUCAACUGAUUGCUCCAUACAAUGUAACUUCUGGGACUAUUUUGAGCUCUUCUUUUUUUUCAAAUACUAAUAAAAAGUAUUAUUGGGGGAAAGUUUGUGACAACUCAUUAAAAUCAGCCUAUGAUGAAAUACAAAUUGAAGAUUUCUACAAUCUUGACAGGUACAUGUAUGUCUUACAUGGCACAAGUGACUUUGGGUUCUUCAAAUAGUAGUACAAAUAGGAUAAUGCUCUUGUCAGGAUUGUAUUGUCAGCAUACAUGUGUGAAAUAAAUGUACACAAAUGAAAAUUCAGGCAAUGAUAUUAAAAUUGAAAGCCAGGCUGCAAGAUUACAUGUAAGCUAUCUGCAAGUACAUCAAUAAGUAUCAGUUUAAAAAAUUAAAAGACAAAUAUAAAGAUGUCAUAGACAUCAUUUCAGUUAACAGUUUUGUGGUAUUCUAUUUUCAAAUGUCAGGGGGGGCAGUCUAGAGAAAUUCUCUUUGUUCUACUUUCUUAUCAAAGGUAUUGGUAUCAUUAUCAAUGUAAUCUUUU